AAUUUGUGAACGAUAUAAAGUCUUCACUUUUUAUUUGAUUUGGUUCUAGGAGUUGUAGAUUAGGACAGGGGAAAAGAGAGAGACUUUGAAAAGAAGAAGAAAUAUCCUAGUUGACGUUUCCUAAAGAAUUGUAUAUUUUAAAAAGCUCUGGCGAAAUUUCAGCUCAUCAGAAUCCGCAGAAUCUUUCUCUCUAUCUCUCGCCCGAGAAACCCUAAGAGUUUAUUUCAUUUAUUUUUUGGGAUCCUAAAUUAUCUUGUCGGAAGUGUUUUGUUUGGGUUGUAUUUUUGAAUUGCUGGUUAAGCUCUUUCUUGGGUUGAGAAAGAAUGGGGACUCCGGAGUUUCCAGAUCUGGGGAAACACUGCUCCGUUGAUGUUUGCAAGCAGAUCGAUUUCUUGCCCUUCACCUGCGACCGUUGCCUCCAGGUGUUCUGUUUGGAUCAUCGAAGCUAUAUGAAACAUAGUUGUCCAAAAGGCGACAGAGAAGAUGUGACUGUGGUUAUAUGCCCCCUCUGUGCUAAAGGAGUCCGCUUAAACCCAAACGAAGACCCAAACAUAACUUGGGAGAAACAUGUCAACACCGACUGUGACCCAUCAAACUACGAAAAAGCCACAAAGAAGAAGAAAUGUCCUGUUCCAAGAUGCAAGGAGCAACUGACAUUCUCCAACACCAUCAAGUGCCGGGAUUGCAAUAUCGAUCACUGCUUGAAACACCGUUUUGGACCUGAUCACACUUGCCCUGGACCGAGAAAACUCCCAUUCAUGGGUUUCUUGAGUAGUGGUACCAGCAGAAAAGAAGCUAAAACAGCAAGACCCAACAAAGCUUCUGCAUCAACUUCAUCAUCCUCUUCUUCGAGAUGGUCUAAUCUCUUAUCUUCAGCAGAAGCAGGAAUCAGCAGACUCGGUAACGACAUAAGCCAGAAGCUACAGUUUUCAAGCAGCAGCAAUGAUGGCAUCAUAGAGAUUUGUCCACAGUGUAAUGCGAAAUUCUCUUCAGUUACUACUCUCGUGGAACAUGUAGAGAAAACACAUGAGAGGAACAAGAUACAGAGUCAUGGCAAAGUGACGAUCGAUGUUUGCCCCAAAUGUAGCAGAGGAUUCCGUGAUCCUGUGGAUCUUGUGAACCAUAUUGAAAGGGAUCACCGAGGUACAUCUAAUGCAUAGGAACAGAGGCGUUCAUAAGCCACAUAUUACAUUUAUUCUGAAAGUAUUCAACAUUGUAUUUUUUUUUCCUCCUCUUUUGACUGGUUUUGAACACCAAAAAAAAAAGAAAAAAGAGACAUAUUCUUUGAACAACUUCUUCUUUCAAAGUCAAAGAACUCAUGUCCAGAAUUGUAGACCAA